UUUUUUUUGUAACACAGAGACGGCUAAGUGGGUUUGUUUGGGUUUUACAGUCAACACAGCGGGCGGUCAGAAAUCAGUCGGAUUUCGUAACGAAAACGCAGCGCUGUACAAUGCCUUUCUGAAUACUUGUACUUUAUCCUCUGCUGUGCAUGGAUGAAACGGUUCGACUCUAGUGCUGAGGUGCCUGGCGUCCUUUCUCUUUAUAUCUUUUGGCAAAGAACAAGUGGGAAUUGAAAGGUAAACGAAUAAGAAAGAACCCGAUGUGAGGUGUGUCUGUGAGAGACUGUCAAGGCACAGCAUGUUUAAACGGUGAUCUGAGCCCAGAGCCCUGGUCAUGGAGGCCCGCUUUGGGAAUGUGGUGUUCAGUUCGCGCUUCGACUCCGGGAACCUGGGCCGAGUGGAGAAGGUGGAGGCGCCCGAACAUGAUGCCGAGAGAAGCUCGUUCUCGCAUGUCGACUGCGAGUUCAACGUCUGGACCAAACCUGACUGCGCAGACACUGAGUUCGAGAAUGGGAACCGGUCAUGGUUCUACUUCAGCGUGCGCGGUGUGCUGCCAGGUAAACUGCUGAAGAUUAACGUGAUGAACAUGAAUAAGCAGAGCAAGCUGUACUCUCAAGGCAUGGCUCCAUUCGUGCGCAGUUUUCCUGUGAGAAUGCGCUGGGAGAGAGUCCGAGACCGACCGACGUUCGAGAUGUCAGAGAAUCAAUUCACGUUGUCGUUUGUGCAUCGUGUGCUGGAAGGGAGAGGAAUCAUCACAUACUUCGCUUUCUGCUAUCCAUUCUCGUAUACCGAGUGCCAGGACAUGCUUCUGCAGCUAGAUCAGAGACUGCUCAGCCAUUCUCACACAUUGGGACCAUGCAGUCCGGCAGACGGUCUGUAUUAUCAGCGGGAGUUGCUGUGUUACUCUCUGGAUGGACACAGAGUCGACCUGCUGACUGUGACCUCCUGCCAUGGCAUGCUGGAGGAGAGAGAGCCCAGACUGGAGAAACUCUUUCCUGACCACAGCACGCCGCGACCACACCGCUUUGCUGGCAAACGGGUGUUUUUCAUCAGCAGCAGGGUGCACCCUGGUGAGACACCCUCCAGCUUUGUGUUCAAUGGCUUCCUGACCUUCAUUCUGAAUCAGGAGGACCCGCGGGCGCAGAUGUUGCGCCGGAUGUUUGUCUUUAAGCUGAUCCCCAUGCUCAAUCCCGAUGGGGUUGUCAGAGGUCACUAUAGGACGGACUCGCGUGGUGUGAAUCUUAACCGACAGUACAUGAACCCGAGCGCUGAGCUGCACCCCUCUAUCUAUGGAGCCAAAACCCUUCUCCUCUACCAUCACCGGCACAACCGUGUUAAACCCAGCUCUCCUUCAGCACUUAAACUCUCCAACCAGUCCAACACCACCACCACACCCCUCGAAAUCGAACACUACCUCAACUGCCGCAACGAGGUGGAGCGAUUGGAGGGCCCGACCCUCGACUUCCCGCAGAUUCCCAUGCAGAUGGAGGAGAGCUGGGAGAGUAAAGGUCGAGUAAAGGGAAAGCUUGGACAAGACAAUGAGAACGAAUCCACACCGAGUCGGAGUGAAGCUUGCGUCUCAUACCUUGGCCCGACAGAGCAGAUCCCGCCCCAUGAAAGCGGAGUGGCCUAUUACAUAGACCUGCAUGGGCACGCCUCCAAAAGAGGAUGCUUUAUGUAUGGGAACAACCUACCUGAUGAAAAUAAGCAAGUGGAGAACCUGAUGUAUCCAAAGUUGAUCUCGUUGAACUGCGCCCAUUUCGACUUCCUUGGCUGUAAUUUCUCGGAGAAGAACAUGUACACACGGGACAAGCGUGAUGGUCAGUCUAAAGAGGGCAGCGGCAGAGUGGCCAUGCACAAAGCUAUUGGAUUAGUUCACAGUUACACCCUGGAGUGUAACUAUAACACAGGCCGCUCAGUCAACGCCAUUCCACCUGCCUGCCAUGACAACGGCCGAGCCACUCCCCCUCCCCCUCCUGCCUUCCCUCCCAAAUACACCCCCGAGGUAUACGAACAGGUUGGCCGUGCAGUCGCUAUAGCAGCGCUGGACAUGGCUGAUUGUAACCCAUGGCCACGGCUUGUACUUUCCGAGCACAGCAACCUGGGGAACCUACGAGCAACGCUGCUUAAACACGUGCGCAACAGCAAGGACCUGUGCUCCAGCGGUCGCAAGAAUGCAAACAAGGCUCCCAGCCCUCCAAAAUGCGUAGGCCUGAGCAGCUCUAUUUCAGAGAAUUCCCUAAGCCGGAGUCGCAGCCACAGCACCCGGAAUGGUAGCAUCGCUGGGAACAAGCAGACCCCUUCACAGCUGAAGAGUUCCCCUAGUUUUACUUUUGGCUGGAGCAACUCGGGAAACGCCCCCAGCUCACACAGGCCCGCCCAUAAAACACUAGGACCGGUCAGAGAGUCGAAAGCUCAGGAGAAGAGGCGCCCGCACCACCUCGGUCACCGCCUGUCACUCGACUGUCCUAGCAACAGCCAAGCCGUCCCAGCACGUCCCCCGCUCUCCCCUUCAUCCUCAACCUCCUCCUCCACUUCCUCCUCUCCCUCCUCCUCCUCCUUGGGGGCAGGGGCAGCCUCCUGCUCCAUCAAUACGGCAGCAAACGGUGAUCCUCAAUCUCAGCCAACAUUACAGAGCAAAGAUCCUCUUUCACGGAUUCGGAUGGGCGUCAUUAAUGGAAGUCCAGACUCCACUCAGUCAUUUGCAGUACAGCAGAGGUUGUCACAGAUAUCCCUAGAGGAGCACUCCAUGGAUGUUAUCUCAUCCAUUCAGUGCAGAAGGUGUGAGCUGCAUUUCCGACCGAGUCGAAUCCCAGUACUUAAGGCGGAGUUUUCGUCUCAUCCUCUACCUCAGUUUACGUGCUGUGACAGUUCCACUGUGAGAACAGGGAAGCUGGUCAAACCCGGUCUCAAAAAACAACUAACAGGGAUAGAUCACUCUGCGCUGCGUUUGACGACAAAAGCUCUGCUGCGGAACUCUUCCCAAAGCUAUAAGUGCUCUGGGGACAAUAUGGAAGGCACAACUAAACAGGACGACACUUCAGAACCAGCGCAGUCGGAGCUUUGGCUUAUGAAAAAUGAACCCGCCGUCCUGAAGACUCUCCUGUGGCAGAAAACCUAAAAGAAUAUACGCAGUGCUGACAGUGGAGAGUCCUUCCAAACAUGUUAAAUCAACAUGUCCUAAUAGAACGCUUCACCAUAUCAACAAUUGCAUGCAUAUUAACAUACAUUAAACAUUUGUUUAUUGAUUUUCACAGGAUAUAAAAAUACAAAAUAUCCAGUGAGAAUGUGAAAUGUUCAAUGGUCCAGUAUCACACAAACAUAACAGCACAGAACAAGGUGUGAUGUAUUAAACCCCUGUAUUGAUGUGUAUGUAUUUAAUUUCAACAUUGAUCAAUUGCAUACAUUUGUAAUUUGUUUAUGUGGCGUGUGAGCCAUACAAAUGCAUGUGUAAGUUGAAUGGGUAUUAAAACGAGCUCCUUUGCAGCCAGAACUA